GCGCGGGGCAUGCUGGGGACGGGGGCUCCAAAAUGGACAACCACAGGGAUGCGCCAGGGAAGGCGAGCCGGUGGUUCGGCGUGUCGCAGUCCAAGUCGGCCAAGACGAGCGUGAACAUCCUGCAGCAGGAGGAGCUGAUCGCCCAGAAGAAACGGGAGAUCGCGCGGCUGGAGCAGCAGGCGCGGCAGAACUCCCUCAGCAUCUCGCAGCUCCCGCUGCUCGGAGAGUACCGAGGCGAUGGCUCUGAGAGCGAGGCCUCCGUGUCCAACAAGUUUGUGAACGAUGGGAGCUUCCUGCAGCAAUUCCUGAAGCUCCAGAGGGAAAAAUCCAAUGCUGAAAGUGCCCCCAACGCCCCGAACACCCCUGGGAGUGCCCCGGCCCCACAGCCCGGGAAGAAGCCCCCGGGGCUGCUGGGGAAGCGGCCGGGGCAGGCGCUGAGCCGCAUGCUGCAGGCCCGCAGCCUCGCCCAGCCCAGGGCCGGCCCCGUGCUCAGCCGCCUCAGCGUCUUCCAGGGCCCCGACGAGGACGACGAGGAGGAUUACGAGCAGUGGCUGGAGAUCAAAGUUUUGCCCCCAGAGGACGCGGAGACGCGGCAGGUGGUGGAAAAGCUGGCCAGGUUCGUGGCUGAGGGCGGCCCCGAGCUCGAGAAGGUCGCCAUGGAGGACUACAAGGACAACCCUGCUUUCUCGUUUUUGCAUGAUAAGAACAGCAGAGAAUUCCUUUACUACAGGAAGAAAGUGGCAGAAAUUAGGAAAGAAAAUCAAAAUUCCCAGGCAGCCUCUUCCCAAAAAGUUUCCCCCCCAGCCGACCAGGAGACGCGCAACUCGGCCGAGAAGCUGGCGCAGUUCGUGGCUGCAGGGGGGCCCGAGGUGGAGGCCAUUGCCCUGCAGAACAACAGGGAGAACCCUGCCUUCAGGUUCCUGUACGAGCCCCACAGCAAAGGGCACCGCUACUACCGCCAGAAGCUGGAGGAGUUCCGCAGGGCCCGGGCUGCCCCCGGGGGCUCCCCCUUUCCCGGGAAUCCCCCUUUUCCCGGGAAUCCUCCUUUUCCCGGGAAUUCCCAGGAAUCCGGCCUCAAACGGAAAAGCAGUCCCGAGGCCUCUCCCUCCCCCGUGUGCUUCCCCCCUCUCCCCGUUCCCUCCCCUCUCCCUCUCCCCGUUCCCAUCCCGCCGCCUCUGGCUCUCCCCGUUCCCUCUCCCAUUGUUCCCUCUGCUCUGCCCAUUCCUUCGGCCUCUCCUGCCCCCUCCUCAUCCUCCACCUCCCCUCCGGAUCAGCUGGCCCCAAAUCCAGCCCCGAUCCCAAAUUCUGCCCCAGUCCCGAAUCCAGCCAUGGCCCCAAACCCAGCUGCAAUCCCAAAUCUUGCCACGACCCCAAAUCCACCCGUGGCCCCAAAUCCUGCUCCAGGCAGCACCAAAAAGAAGAGGAAGAGCCGGUGGGGGCCGGAGGAGGAGAAGGUGGAAUUGCCCCUGCCCCAGCUGGUGCAGCAGCUGGAUUCUCCCUCUCCCCUCUCAGUUCAGGACCUGAAGGGUCUGGGGUACGAGAAGGGCAAACCCGUGGGACUGGUGGGAGUCACGGAGCUCUCGGAGGCCCAGAAGAAGCAGCUGAAGGAGCAGCAGGAGAUGCAGCAGAUGUACGACAUGAUCAUGAAGCACAAGCGGGCGAUGCAGGAGAUGCAGCUGCUGUGGGAGCGGGCGCUGCAGCAGCACCAGCACGGCUACGACAGCGACGAGGAGGUGGACAGCGAGCUGGGCACGUGGGAGCACCGCCUGCGCCGCAUGGAGAUGGACAAGACCCGGGAGUGGGCGGAGCAGCUGACCCAGAUGGGCCGAGGGAAACAUUUCAUCGGGGAUUUCCUCCCGCCCGACGAGCUGGAAAAGUUCAUGGAGACCUUCAAGGCACUCAAGGAGGGCCGGGAGCCGGAUUAUUCUGAGUACAAGGAAUUCAAGCUGACGGUGGAAAACAUCGGAUACCAAAUGCUGAUGAAAAUGGGAUGGAAGGAAGGAGAGGGACUGGGAUCCGAUGGGCAGGGAAUUAAGAACCCUGUCAGCAAGGGCACCACGACCAUGGACGGGGCCGGGUUCGGGAUCGAGCGCCCGGCGGAGCUGACCAAGGAGGACGACGAGUACGAGGCCUUCCGCAAGCGCAUGAUGCUGGCGUACCGCUUCCGGCCCAACCCAUUGGUAUGGGAUAACAACGGGAUAACGGGAAUGGGAUAA